AUGCAACUUUUAAGUGGGUUCCUCAAUUGGGAUUAUUCAUAUCUAUUAGCAUUGUCAACAAUUAGUGGAGGACUUGCUAAACCUGCUCCUGUUAUAGAAACUUUUUGUACCGAUGAAUUAGUUUUGCAGCAUGUGAAACUUGAUGGAGUUGUUACUUUGGUUGAUUCCAAGCACGCAAUGCAACACCUUAAUGAAAUAAAACCAAGAUUUGUGGUUAACGAGGCUGUAGAACAAAUUGCUUAUGCUGAUUGUAUUAUUUUUGAACAAGCAGAUAGAUUUAGUGCUAAGGUUGAGCUGGAGAUAUUGACCAAGAGAAUUCAGCAUAUUAAUGGGAUGGCACAAAUGAAGCAAGCUAAGUUUGGAUCCGUUGACAUGGACUUUAUUCUUGGAGUGGGAGGUUAUGAUCUUGAUAGGAUUGAUUCUGAAGUUCAGGUAGAUAAUUCCUGUUCUAUAACUCAUCAACAUGAAACUGGAAAAAAAUGCAGCAAUCAUCAUCAUCAUCACAAUCACGUACACAAUGCUGCUGUCACUAGUGUUACUAUUGUUUUCGAAGGAACCCUCGAUAUUGAUGAGACAUACAUUUCAACAUAUCAUAUUGGUCGAAAUUCAAUGAAAGUUUUCUACGCUGUUAAAACUUUUCUGGAUGGCUGCCUCCAAGAGAAGAGGCAAGAUACUUUGUGUGCAAGCAAUCUUUCACGGGAGACUCUUAUUUUUGUCUGCAUUUUUCAAGUGAAAUAA